AUGUUCAUUGCAUUUGGAAUAUAUUGUGUGGUAUUUAAAAAGCAAAAAAACAAAUUCAUUCACGAUAAAUCAUCAUUCAUAAAAGUUGACCUAUCAACAAAAUAUCAGCAUAUUGAGAAUCAAAGAACAUACUAUAUAGUUACAGGCUUACUUCUACUUUUUGCCAUUUUUACAUUUAUUACAAAUAUUAUUAAAAUUUUAUUUACAAGUAUCUUCAAUAACAUUCUAAAGGCUGAAUCAUCAAAUUACAUAUUUUUUAUGGGAGUUUUCCUUAAAACAGCCGGCACAAUAUCAUAUUUAUUAUGGAAAAUUCCUUCCCUUUUGAAAGAUGUCGAAAAAAUAUUAAAAAUAAAUACAAGAAGGGAAGUAGGCAAUCAAACUGAAAAAAAUAAAAAUAAUGGAAGUAAUAUAGUAGUGCCUCAGGCAACACAAAACAACUAUUUUAAUCAAUAUGGUAAAGAAUGGUGA